AAGGGAAGUUGGAAAAGAGUCAAACAACCUCAUAGGCGGGAGAGCUCCACCUCCCUCCACUCCUCUUCGUCGCUCUUGCCGUCUGCUCUCUCUCUUCCUUGCGUCUACUGCGGCGGUGAAGUAGUUAGCGAAACCCCAGAAAAGGGUUUCUCUUCUUGCAAUCUUAGGUCGAAUAACAAUAUGCUGUCUGGAAUUAAGUUGAUUUCUCGGGAUCAAGUUGAUAGGGGAAAUAUCGAGGAAUCGAGUGGCAAGAAAGAUAGGGGGAAGAAGAAGGGUUCCAAAUAUAGUACUUCAGAUGAUGAAGAACAUGAGAAAAUUAGGAAAGGGUCUAAGAAAAAGAAGUGGUACUCUUCUGAUGAGUAUUCGGCUUCAUCUUCAGCGGAUGAUGUGAGUGAUAAUAGCUUGGGAGGUGACAGGAAGAAGCACAAGAGUCGUAAGCUGAAGGUUAAGAAGAAGUCGAAAAGAAGCAAACGGAAGUAUUCUUCCGAAGAUGAUUCUUUAUCUGGCUCUGAGAGUGGAGAGGAUGAUGGUAUAGGAAGAAGGAAGCGUAGGAGUAAGGGUAAAGAGAAAGAUUCUGAUGGUGCUGGAGGCCCUAGCUCUAAGGAUAAAAUUGAUAUCGUGAGAAAGGAAAUGGGGUUGGACUGGAUGACUAGACCAGCUGAAAAAACAGGCAAAAGUGCUCAGCCACUGUAUAAGGAGCAGCCAGUCGAGUCCGGUAGUGAAGAGAAGGAAAUAGUAAACCGCAAAGAACUGAAUCCUUAUCUGAGGGACAGUGGAAGUGGCUAUCCUGAAGAUGCAGAUCAAACAAAGGCUAAAAGCGAUCAACUUUUGGCAUCUUCUUUAGUGGGGGACGGUGGAGCAAGCUGGAGAAUGAAGGCUUUGAAGCGUGCACAAGAGCAAGCAACACGCGAGGGAACACAUGUUAAAGAAGUUGUUAAAGAAAGGUGGGGAUCUCUAGGUACUCUUGCGGUGUCUGUGGCAUCUCGUAGUGCCGCUGCUCCCCGUGCUCAUUUGCACGCCAUAAAAUCCCGGAAGAUAGGAGCAGGCGGGGAAGCUAAAUCAGAUUUAACUAGUGAAAGUAAAAGGGAUCCUGAAAAGGAUACUGGACGUGAAAAUAUGAGGGAUACUUCUGUCCGCCGUCCUGAAAUGAAAGCACCUAAAGUUCACGAUUCGUUAUCCUGGGGAGGAAGAAAAGGUCAUAAAAUGAGAAGUGAAGAUGCUGCCUUGAUCUCAAAUGCACUUUCUAGCAUAAACAACUUUUCUAAUGAUGGAAACUUCAUGAGUGAAUUUGUAAAUCAGCACAAAAAACCUGGAUAUGGCUCUCAGGAUGUCUCAAGUUCAAAAUCUGAUGCUAUUCGGGAGGGAGAUUCUGAUUCAGUUAUAAAGAAAUCUAGCGAGGAAAAGCAGCCUCUGAGUGCUAAUCAACUCGCUGCGAAAGCCAUGCAGCUAAGACUAAAAGGCAAGCAUGAGGAAGCUGAUAAACUCCUGAAAGAAGCUGGAAACAAUACAGUGGAUCACAGUGCAGGGGAGAGAUUAGUAAAACUAAGAAACGAUGUCAGUUCGAGCAGAUAUGCUGCUCAAGAAAAACAGUUGCAGCAGAAGGGAAAAGAAGAUGAUGGUGAUAGACAUUUGGCUCAGACGAUAACGAAGAAUAAGAAAUAUAGUAUGUCUACUCAGGCUGAUGAUGAAUAUGAUUAUGAUGGGGCACCGACCAAAAAGGGCAGGAGAAAAGGUGGAGACCAUGAGAACAGAUCACAUUCUAUGCAAAAUGUGGGAAAGCGAAUUGUUACUCAACAGGAGCGAUGCUUAUGCUGUUUUGAGAAUCCAAAGAGGCCUAAGCAUCUUGUUGUAGCUAUAGCGAAUUUUACAUACCUAAUGCUACCACAAUUCCAGCCAGUUGCCCCUGGCCAUUGUUGCAUAUUAACAUUGCAGCAUGAGUUGGCCACAAGAAUGGUAGAUGAAAAUGUUUGGGAAGAAAUCCGCAACUUCAAGAAGUGCCUCAUUAUGAUGGCUGCUAAGCAAGACAAAGAAAUGAUCUUUUUGGAAACAGUGCUUUGGUUGGCACAGCAGCGCCGCCAUUGCUUAAUCGAAUGCAUUCCUUUUUUAAAUGAUUCUGGAGCUGCUAUUAUUACUCAAAUACAAGUGCGAGAAACAUAG